UUCUUGACAGCGGCGGGAGCUAACUCCGACAUGGGAAGUGAGCACUAUUGCCUGAGGUGGAACAAUCAUCAGAGCAACCUGCUCGGCGUUUUCAGCCAACUGCUACACGACGAGAGCUUGGUGGACGUCACGCUCGCCUGUUCCGAAGGUGCCUCCAUCCGGGCUCACAAGGUAGUACUGUCAGCGUGCUCAUCUUACUUUCGUUCGCUCUUCGUGGACCAUCCUUCACGGCAUCCAAUUGUGAUCCUCAAAGACGUGGGCUUGGAGGAGCUCCGAACGCUCGUCGACUUCAUGUACAAGGGCGAGGUUAACGUCCAAUAUUGCCAACUGCCUGCUCUCCUUAAAACUGCUGAGAGCCUUCAGGUCAAAGGAUUAGCUGAAAUGACUACGCUUAGCGCAGCUGGCAUCGAUACUAGAAACGUUCCAGAACCGAUGGAGGAGUGCCAACCCCAAGAUGUUAGGGAGUCUACGGAAUCGCAUGAAAGGUUAGAAGAGCGAGACGGACGGGAAAAAGAAGAACGGAGGGAAGUUAAAGAAGCCCGUGAGAUCCGUGAAAGGGACUGCAAAGAUUUACGAGAAAGUCGCAGAGAUUCUCGCGAAUCUAGAGAUUUAAGUGGGCUUAGGGAAAGAGACAGAGAUCGUGAGAGAGAAUCACGUGAUAUAAUUAGGGAAACCCGAGAUUCACGGGAUCCGAGGGAUCACAGAGACUCCAGAGAUCAUAGAGAAUUACGUGAUGUUAAAGACAAUAGGGAACCAAGAGACCUACGCGAAAUAAGAGACCCGAGAGAUCUACGAGACGCUCGCGAUCAGAGAGAAGCCGCUGAAGCGUCUCCACCUAGAAUAUCUCCUUUACUAUCUGUGCGACGGUUUAGGCCUGAAACUUCGAUUGAGACACCGACAUUAACACAUCCACCUAUACCUAAAGAUGAGCCACCUGACGAGCCAGUACGUCCUUCAUCGCCAGAAGAUGACUCAGUUUCCAUUAGGUCGAAUGGUGCGAAUGACAACGUGGGUAUAAACAUGACUAUAAACAGUCAUGGCGUACUGGGGCCCCGGUACUCACCUGUAGAUCAAAGGCUAAGUGUACUGAACACAUUACCACAUCCUGGUUUGCCACAUCCCUCUCAUACUUCACUGUCCAGUCCAAGAAAUGAGCCUAUAGCGGGUCCAUCUGGUUUGCCUCCUGUGCAACAAGUUCCACUGUCCUUGAAGAAAGAAGCCGACUGGGAUAGGAGUAAUGAAGAAAAAAAUGUAGAGGCGUCAGAGUAUCGGAUGCAGCAUGAAUCUAUGUGCUUGGACAUGACAUGCGUGUCUCCGAAUAUUGCAAGUCCAAUACCUCCCAGCAGUCCAACAGCGCUUCCGCUCUGGUCGCCUCUUCUCGCGCUUCAAGCUUGCCGUCUCCGCAGAUAUCUUAGCGAUGAUUGUAUGGCGUACCAAAGUCGUCAUUUACUUCACUCUGAAAGGCGACGGUGUGGCGUCUGUCUUGCCUCAUUCCCUUCGACCUGGCUUUUAGAACGCCAUGCUGCCCUUCAACACGCGUCGCAGUCGUCUACCGAUGAUAAGCCCUUUGUCUGUGAACAAUGCGGACAGAGCUACCGCUAUAGAUCCGCUUACGUGAAACACAGAGAACAAAACCACCGAGCAAGAUUACCAGCUGAUAAAUUAUUUACGUGUGACGUAUGUGGCAUGCAAUUUCGGUAUCUAAAAUCUUUUAAGAAACAUCGUCUCAAUCAUACUUUAGAGAGACUACAUACAAAAAAUACUGAUCCACCGGAGGGUAUAGACCAAGUAACAAGCACUAAUGAAGUAUUAAUUGGUCAAUGUGGGGAAAUGGAUUUGUCUAUGAAGAAAAAGAACCGAAAUGACGUUAUCAGGACCCCACCAAUAGACGUGGUCGUUGAUGGCGAACAAGAUAGUACCGUAGAUUCGAAUGGUGCCACUGAUUCUAUCGUUACCGUCGAUGAUUCAAACGAUUGCAAAAAUUCAAGUGCUGAAAGCGAAACUAAACGAGAUGACGCUCCAAAUGAAAGGAGACGCGUCCCCGUAUCAUUUGCAAGCGUGAGUUCUAUGGCGGAUAGUUCUGAGAGCGAGUCACGUGGCGACAGUAAAAUUGAAAGUUCUACUACACAUUCCGGAAUUUUGGGAUUUCUACAAAACGAUGACAGACAAAGAGACAGAGAAAGAAGAUUCGCGUGCCCAUUCUGUGGUAAAUGCGUGAGAUCUAAAGAGAAUUUGAAGCUGCACGUUAGGAAACAUACCGGGGAACGUCCAUUUGUGUGUCUGUUCUGCGGCAGAGCAUUCGGUGGUAAGAGUGACCUCACACGCCACCUCCGCAUCCACACCGGCGAGCGGCCCUACCACUGCGAAGCCUGCGGUAAGUGUUUCGCCCGGGCCGACUACUUGUCCAAGCACCUCACGACUCACGUUCACAACGCCCGCUGAUCGUCUGCGCCGUCCGGUUUUCGAUCUUCUCAUACCUCUUAUAGUUAAUGACCGAGUCGUUUUAUAACAGCAAAUCGGAAUAUUUUUAAAAUAUUUUGAAUCUUUACAACUUUAUUGUGGAUAUAUUUAAGCAGGUCUAAAUAGAAUUUUACCAUAUUACUUUUUUUUUUCGGAGCGGUGCCUAUAGUUUAAUAAAUGAUUUUCUAUAUUUAUUCUAUAAAGUUUAAAGAAUGGAAUGAAUAGUAACGAUUUCUGCUGAAGAGGAUAACUUUAUCAUGCGUCACACUACAUUCUUCGCGUGUAGGAAGGCUAAAUUACUUAUAUUUAAAAUUUUAAGUAUUUUUACGAUUAUUCGAACUGACUAAGAGUCUGAAUAGGGUACGAUUUGGUUGUAAUUUCGUUUUUUUUUUUUUUUUUAUUGUAUAAAUUAUAUUUAUUAGGCGUGUACAAGAUGGAUAAGUAAUGAUCAAGAAAGAGUUAAUUUAGGAUUAUUUAAUUUUGCCAACAAGUUUGAAUAAGAUUGAAAACUCAUUCCAUUGAAAGGAAAGUAGAAAAUUGUAGUGUUGACGAUAGGUAGGUAAGAGAAUGCAAAAAAAGCUGUGAUUAAUAUGAUUAAGACCAGUCACCAAGUUUUAAAACAUCGAAAAUGUUUUAUGUAAUUUAAAGUAAUUUUAAAUGUCUAGAUUAAAAUUCAUUUUAGAUUUAAGUAAUCUCUCUGUGCCAAAAUAUGUACCUCAUAAAAGUAAACAUUGAAGUAGAUAAACUAAUUGUCAAGAUUGUUUACACAUUUUUUCACAUAUAAUGUUGUAUGCAGGUUCAUAUUAAUGGUAUGCGUCUUAUACUCGUACGUUUCUGUUACGAUCAAAUCGAUCAUCUAAACAGAAAAAAUACUCGCCCGCAAUCACUUCGCUAUUCUGGAAUGUUUUGAAAUAUAAAUUCGACGUAAGUCGCUGAUUUCGUCUUUUCGAGACCAAAACAAACUGCCGAUAUUGUGAUAUUUCUUUAUAGAUUACAGACCGUGCAUAUUUUAUAUUUCAACUAGAAACUCCAAGUGUUCCAAUGGCAAUAAAAUAAAUCAUUUAGAACUAGAGUAUAUACCUAGAUCUUUUUACUUUUAGUAACAACAACAAUACGUAAGCAAUAUUGAGUAGAGAUUUUCGACGUAAAUAUACGCCUUAAAUCAAAACGACCUUCCGUUACUUAUAUUUUUAAAAUUAAUCAUUUAAAUUAAAUGUUAAGUUUAAUAAAAAAAAAA